AUGAACUCCUCUGAAGACCCCCGGACCAUCUUCAUCUCCAAACUGACGCCCACCGCGGACAUCUGCGUGGGACUGACCAUCCUCUCCGUGGGUCCGUGAGUUUAUUUAUUAUCUUUAUUUAUUAGUUUUUAUUUUAAUUCUGAGUUUAUUUCUGUACUAAAGUUCAGACCGCGAGGACAAAGGGAUUAGGAUUAGGUAAUCUGAAACUAUUACGACUAUAAAAACACUUUUAUUUUUAUAAAAACACUUUAGUUAAAAAUCCUCUCAGAUCUUUAUUUCUUCUUUAAAUUCUGAUCACUUUACCAAAGAGGAGAAAACCGUUUAUUUAAAUACAAUAAACCUGAAAAGUGUGAAUGUCUCUUUAUAAAUGAACUCUGGUUUAUAUUUUUACCUCCUGAUGAAAAAAAGGAAGAAAAUGUUCAAAUAAAAACUGGAUAAAAAGUCUUUUCUGUUCUCUGAGCUUCUGUAAUGAAGGAGUUCGAUGAACUCUUUAAUAAAUCUGAGAAAAAGGUUUAAAAGACAGAAACAGAAACUUUUUUUUGUUUUUGUUUUCUGAUUGUGAGGAGCUGAUGUCUGUUUGUUUGUCUGUUUGUUUGUUUGUUUGUUUGUUUGUGUGUUUGUCUGUUUGUUUGUUUGUUUGUCUGUUUGUUUGUUUGUUUGUUUGUUUGUUUGUCUGUUUGUUUGUUUGUUUGUUUGUCUGUCUGUCUGUCUGUCUGUUUGUUUGUCUGUUUGUUUGUCUGUCUGUCUGUCUGUCUGUCUGUCUGUUUGUUUGUCUGUCUGUCUGUCUGUCUGUCUGUCUGUCUGUCUGUCUGUCUGUUUGUCUGUUUGUUUGUCUGUUUGUUUGUCUGUCUGUUUGUUUGUUUGUUUGUUUGUUUGUUUGUUUGUUUGUUUGUUUGUCUGUCUGUCUGUCUGUCUGUUUGUUUGUUUGUUUGUCUGUCUGUCUGUCUGUCUGUCUGUCUGUCUGUCUGUCUGUCUGUCUGUCUGUCUGUCUGUCUGUCUGUCUGUCUGUCUGUUUGUUUGUUUGUCUGUCUGUUUGUCUGUCUGUCUGUCUGUCUGUCUGUCUGUCUGUCUGUCUGUCUGUCUGUCUGUUUGUUUGUUUGUUUGUUUGUCUGUUUGUCUGUCUGUCUGUCUGUCUGUCUGUCUGUCUGUCUGUCUGUCUGUCUGUUUGUUUGUUUGUUUGUUUGUUUGUUUGUCUGUUUGUUUGUCUGUCUGUUUGUUUGUUUGUCUGUCUGUUUGUCUGUUUGUUUGUUUGUCUGUCUGUCUGUCUGUCUGUCUGUCUGUCUGUCUGUCUGUCUGUCUGUCUGUCUGUUUGUUUGUUUGUUUGUUUGUCUGUUUGUUUGUCUGUUUGUUUGUCUGUCUGUCUGUCUGUCUGUUUGUUUGUUUGUCUGUUUGUUUGUCUGUUUGUUUGUCUGUCUGUCUGUCUGUCUGUCUGUUUGUUUGUUUGUCUGUUUGUCUGUUUGUUUGUUUGUUUGUUUGUUUGUCUGUCUGUCUGUCUGUUUGUUUGUUUGUUUGUUUGUUUGUUUGUCUGUUUGUUUGUCUGUCUGUUUGUCUGUUUGUCUGUUUGUUUGUCUGUCUGUCUGUUUGUUUGUCUGUUUGUUUGUCUGUCUGUCUGUUUGUUUGUCUGUUUGUCUGUUUGUCUGUCUGUCUGUUUGUCUGUUUGUUUGUUUGUUUGUUUGUUUGUUUGUCUGUUUGUUUGUCUGUCUGUUUGUUUGUCUGUCUGUUUGUUUGUCUGUUUGUCUGUCUGUCUGUUUGUUUGUUUGUUUGUUUGUCUGUUUGUUUGUUUGUUUAUUUGUUUGUUUGUCUGUCUGUUUGUUUGUUUGUCUGUUUGUUUGUUUGUUUGUUUCCUCAGAGAUGAAGUUUAGGGCUGACAAAGACUCUUUUUUCAGAGUCAGAUUUAUUCAUUUAUUUUUCUGAAAUGGAAAAACACAAAAAAACCUCAGAUCUGCGUUUGUUCCUGUCAGAGUCAGAUUUAUACAGCAGGUGUUUUCUCGUCUUCAUCAUGAUCCUGUUACUAAAUCAACAAACACUCACAGGAACCGUCUCCAACUGAAAAAUACAGAUUUAUGAAGACGUGAAGUAGAUGGACGAACUUUUCUGUUUCUAACAGGUUCAUUCAGAAGUUAAACUGAGGGUAAAAGUUACUGAAGGUUCAUAUUUAUUUCAUAUUUAUUUCAUAUUUAUUUCAUAUUUAAAGUAAAAGAGAAACACGAGUCAACAAAGUGACACUAAUGUCACGUUAAUAUUCUCUCUUACCGCCGCCGGCUCCUCCUGGAGGUGUUAAAGGUUAUUGUCGGUACCGUCCUGCUGUUCUGCAGAUCGUCUUUCAUCAUCCUGACCAAUCGUCACCCUGAGGUGUCGAAACAGGAAGUUCAUUGAAAGUGAAAAACCUGUGGGUGUGGCUGUGGGUGUGGCUGUGGCGGCGGCGAGCGUUGAAACUGAAUCAUACAUGGAUUAGGUGAACGAGAUCUGAAAGAUGGUCAUGAUGCUGAACAAUGGCGGUCCCUGUCCAGAACAUAUGGUUCUGAUCCAAACAUAUGUGUCGUCAUGACGACCAGGUGGUCCGCUCUGAAAACUGCCCCCCCCCCCCCCUUGUUUUUCUCGUUUCCUCAGAUCUUCUCGUCUUUAUAGUUUCAGUAACUUUUCUGUUUUUCAUCUGAAUAUUAGAGAAGAUGUUUUGGUUUCAUUUUCUCCACGUUACAGUUUUUUUUUUAAUGAUCCAAACUGUUUUCUCUUCUUCUGCUCUAGUUCUGCUCUCGGUUCUGGGAAACGGGUUGGUUCUGGUGAUUUGUUACCGGCGGAGGAAGAAGAUGAUGGGUUCAGAGCUGCUCUGUGUUAACCUGGCGGUGGUGGACUUCCUCUGCUGCGUCUGCUUCUACCCGCUCUCCAUCCUCUCCUCCUUCCACCACGCCUGGCUCGGAGAAAACAUCACGUGUGUUUACUACGGCCUCGGCUGCUUCAUUUUUGGACUGUGCGGCAUUUUCACCAUCACCGCCAUCAGCGUCAUCCGCUACCUGAAGACCUGCUACAGCUUAGUUCACGGUAAGAACCGACUUUCUUCACGAGGUGUUUACGAAGAGUUUAGGGCAGAAAAGGACGAGGAAAAGAAAAGCUUCAACGACGUCUGAAUUCAUCCGUCUGUUUGAAUCACUUCUGUUGAUCGUUGUCUGAACAUCCGACCUUCGAGUUAAAGUUCGAGUUCUAGUUAAAGUUCGAGUUAGAGUAAAAGUUUGAGUUGAAGUUCGGGUUAGGGUUAAAGUUCAAGUUAAAGUUCAAGUUAAAUUUGAGUUUGAGUUCUAGUUCGAGUUCUAGUUAGAGUUAGAGUGAGAGUUGAAGUUAAAGUUCGAGUUAAAGUUCGAGUUCUAGUUAAAGUUCGAGUUAGUUUUAUAGAUUUUUCAUCCUGAAGCCUCGUCUGAGUCCAAAUGAAAAAGUUAGUCCACAAACUGAUUUUUGUUUUUCCAACUUUAAAAAAUAUGUUUCUGGUAUUAAAUCAGUUUAAAUCUGUUUUAAAAAACAAUGACAUUUUUAAAGUGCUUUGUCUUUAAAUUAUUACAAAAAUAGAUUUUCAGUAAUUCUCACAAAAUUAAAACUCGACUUUGACUAAACCUCCGAACUUUUCUGAACUUUUGGUCAAAAAACUCAAUAAUUCUGAGUGUUUAUUAGAUCAUUUUACAGGAGUUAAAUCUGUGAAUACUUUCUUCUAAAAAUACCAGCAGAUGAGCGCAGACAUGUUCUUUAUUUUCACACCUGAAUCCUUCGAUGAUUUGUAAACCUGAUAAAUCUGACAUUUUAAACCUGAUUUAUUAAUCUGAGGACAGAAACGGUGAAAAUUUAAUCGCCUGAUUCUUUAUUUUAAACAUGAAAUCAGAUGAAAUAAAAACACUGAACUGUCCAGUUGAAUGUUUCUCUGAACUGACUCGGGUUUUCGUUCUCGUCUCUUCAGCGGUCUGGUUGGAGGGGACUAACCUGCGGGUCGCCUGCUGUGCGAUCUGGCUCGUGGCCGUUGUUUGGUCGAGCUUCCCUCUGAUUGGCUGGGGCGAGUAUGUUCCUGAACCUUACGGACUGUCCUGCACCAUCGCUUGGAGAGGAUAUCAUACCUCAGCCAAAGAUGCUUUCUACGUCAUCUGCUCCUUCGUCUGCUUCACUCUGGUUCCUGUCCUCUUCAUCGUGGUGUCUCAGUGUCAGAUCCUCUACAGAGUUUCCCGUUUUUCUUACUCGCUGUCAGCCAGAGGAAUCCGCAACAACCUGCGGCACACGGAGAGACGCCUCUCUGUGGUGAGUGAACAGAGUUUUGAUUGGUUAUGAACCACAUGGUGAGACCUCCGCUUCUUUCUUUUUAGUGGGUAUUUUCACGUCACGACGUCCUGGAUUUGAGUCCUGGACUCCGUUUCUCUGAAUUUAAAACUUUAGUUUGUCUGAAACCCAAAAACCAAAACCUUCGGUUUUAAAGUCUGAGACGGACGACCUUUUGUGACUUCAGGAGAUAUUUUAUGACUGAAAACAAAAUUGUCUGGAAAAGUUUUCAAAAAUAGACGGGAGGUUAAAAAAAUCCAAAGAGAAGUUUUCAAAUAUUCGUGGAUCAGUGUGAGAUUCACUUUGACUUCAGAAUCGUUUUUCUGUUCUUUUCCUUUAUUGUUUGACCUUUGAACCCUGAUAAAGCGUUGAUCAUGUGGCUGUUUUACAGGAGAGGUUCUCUGGAGAUGGUUCGGUCCAGUUUCUCCUCAGGUUUCUCUCGUCUCUGUGUCUGAGGUUUAGUCCUGAGACGUAAUCCCCGUUAUUCUUGGGUUUGGACCGUUCAGAACAAAGUAUUGAACAGAGUGUUCUGGUUCUGGCCCUGUUUGAGAUUAAACACACGUGUUAUAAUCUGUAAUCUGUCACUUCCAGAUGUUUUUCUGCAUCAGCCUGGGUUUUCUUAUCGCCUGGGCGCCGUACGCCGUCGUCUCCUUCCUCUUCAUUUUCCAUAAAGAGGGGCGGUACAUGGCUCCUGAGGGUUUCGUCUUCCCCGCCCUUUUCGCCAAGAGCUCCCACAUCUACAACCCCUUCAUUUAUUUCUACUUUAACAAGACGUUCCAGCAGGAGCUGCGGGGUCUGCUCCUCUCCCUGUGGCCAAAGAUCGGAGGAAAUCGAGUCGGCGUUCAGGUGGUGUCGGCUAACCAAGCCCCUUACCCCAUCCACAUCCAGCUCCAGGAGAGACGCAAAGAGAUCCAGAAGACCAGUUUUGGUUUGUCUCAGGAAAAAACUCACAGCAAGAGCAACGGUCGAGGUGGAGGUGGAGGUCGAGGUGGAGGUGGAGGUGGAGGUCGAGGCGUGCGCGCCAGCAGCAACAGUUUCCAGGACAGACAGGUGUUCACCUGCUGGGGGUCCUCGUCCAAGAACAUCGCCCCCCUGUUUGGGAGUAAAUCUGCCAAAGACUCUCUCCCGGUCUCCAUAUGAACUUUUGAGGUUUUUUACCUCAUUUCCUUCAAAUUGAUCAUUUUCAUGUGGAUCGAUACGGUUCAAACCGAUUCUCCAUGACUGACGGGACAAACGCUCGGCUGCUGUCGUGAUUUAAUCGUGUUUGUGUCGUAAGAAAAACUGAUGGACGUAAAAAAACAAAAACAAUGAUCAGCUGAUUUCUUCAAAACUGAGAGAGAAACUGUCGUAACACUGAAAACUGAUUUUCAUCGUGUCUGUAAAUGAUUUUGUCUCUUUGUGAUGAUAAUAUUUAAAUUAUGAUCAUUUUUACCCACAGUUCUUCACUCUCUCGUUACUUAACGAGCUCAAAGAAACACCUGCUGAGAUCUGUCAUCGUCUUCUCUGGUCUGUUCAGGUCUCUUUAUUCUUCUGCUGUUAUGUGUGUAGUUACUCCUGUGUGUGUGUGUGUAUAUACUGUUAUAUACUGUGUGUACAGACAUAUAUGUGUGUGUGUGUGUGUGUGUGUGUGUAUAUACUGUGUGUUAGUGAUUAGUUUGUGUUAUUGGACAGCAGUGUGGUGGUUCACGGUCAGGUCUGUUUUUAACUCACAUUGAGUUCAGAUGUUCUGACUUCUUGAUUUUAUAAUAAAGAUUUUUGUUUAAAGUAUAAAACACUAAAAUAAAUCACGUCACUGUUAUUUACUUGAUCAGUUAACAUUGACCGUCUCUCAGUCCACCUGUUUAAUCUUCUAUCAGUCCUGAUUUAUUUCUUUUUCUCUCACAUUGAGACGUUG